AUGGAGGGCAUGGACUUGGACCUAGACCAAGAGCUGAUGCAGAAGUUUAGCUGCAUGGGCACGACAGACAAAGACAUACUGAUCUCCGAGUUUCAGAGGCUGCUGGGCUUCCAGCUCAACCCCGCGGGAUGCGCCUUCUUCCUGGACAUGACCAACUGGAACCUACAGGCUGCUAUCGGAGCAUACUAUGACUUUGAAAGUCCUAACAUCAGUGCACCAUGUAUGUCGUUGGUAAAAGAUGUGACCAUUGGUGAGGGUGAAUCCAUUCCUCCGGACACACCCUUCAUUAAAACCUGGAGGAUACAGAACACAGGCCCUGAGUCAUGGCCUCCUGGAGUGUGCCUAAAGUAUGUGGGAGGAGACCAGUUUGGUCAUGUAAAUAUGAUGAUGGUGCGCUCUCUAAAUCCUCAAGAAAUAGUGGACAUCAGUGUCCAGAUGCAGAGCCCUUCGUCUCCAGGCAUGUACCAAGGCCAGUGGAGAAUGUGCACUGCCACAGGACUUUACUUUGGAGACGUCAUUUGGGUGAUAUUGGGUGUAGAAGUCGGCGGUCUUCUCGGGGUCACGCAGCAGCUCUCGUCUUUCCAGGCAGAGUUCAACACUCAGCCACAUCGAAACCUGGAAGAUUACAACCCUUUUGCUUCGCCACAGAAGGGAAAAUGUGUGAAUGGCAACAACAGCAGUCUCCUCGACAACAGAGAGCUCUCACAACCACUGCAAGAUCAGAAUGGACUUUCACACCCCUCGGUGGAUUUAGUAGCAAAUAAUCUGCAAAGCAAUCUAUCGUUAGUCUCUUCAAACCAGGGUUUACAGGAGCCCUUCUCCUCCGGCCAAUCUUAA